AUGAGACGUGUGCCGCAUUUGACCGGAUUAGAAGAAUUAGAUAUAGCAGGGAAAGGCGUCGCAUUAAAUCAUAACGUAAACAGCUGGAAAUAUAACCGACAAUUUAUUUCGCGAGCGCUACUUACACCAAGCUUUUCGGCGUAUGCUGUUAUUUGGUCACAACGGUUGGUCGAAGAGAUGAUGGAGUUUUGGAAAGAUGCAUCAAAUGACGAUGGCUGUUUCGAAACCGAUCUCGUAGAAUGGGCUCAUAGAUUUACAACCGAUUCUAUAACACAUUUCACAACUGGAAAAAAAAUACAUGCUGUUGAAGCACUUCACGUCGAAUUGUUGGCAUCAAAAAACAAAAUACCUAAAAAAUGCUCUACCAAUAAUUUAACAAACGCUACCAGACUUUUUAAAAGCAUUAGAACGUUGGUCAUUGGGAUUUAUUUCUUUAUAAUUGUUCCCUCAUGGAUGCGAAACUAUCUGCCGUUUCUCAGCAAUACGAACAAGAACUAUUUAAAGAAUCGCGAUUGGCUGUUUAACAAGUUUGAUGAAAUUAUCAAACAACGAAGAAAAGAAAUCGAACAUACACCUCGAGACCAACCGCUUAGGCUUGAUAUGCUGACUUCGAUGAUUACCAUAAACACGGAUCGUAGUCUUCGCAAGUUUGAUGAAGAACAUUGCAAACCUUUGACUGAUGAGGAAAUUCGUGGAACUUUAUGGGAAACAUGGGUCGCCGGAAUGGAUACGACUGCCAAUUUGUUCACCUUUAUUGUCUAUUACUUGGCACACUAUCCUGAUAUUUUGAAACGAUUACGCGAAGAAUUGGAUCAAUUCUUUGAAAAGUUGGGCGAUCGUCAGCUUGAUUACAAAAGUUUGUCGAAAUUAGUUUAUACCGAAGCUAUUCUCAAAGAGGUAUCUAGAAUUCUUACGCCAGCACCUUACACGGCGCGAAACAGCACUGCAGAAGAUGUUCUGGAAGGUUGUGUAUGGCCUGAAGAAACACAAUAUAUCAUAAAUCUUCAUGGCAUAAAUCACAGCAAAGAAUUGUGGGAUAAACCCGAAAAAUUCAAUCCCGAUAGAUGGCUUGAUGAUACAAAGAGUGAAAAGUUAAUGCCGUAUGUGGUAUUUGGAGGAGGUCGCCGUGUUUGUCCUGGCAGAAAACUGACUAUUAUAGAACUUAAAUGUUUGAUUGCUAUAAUAUACCACAAAUUGGACAUUGAAUUGGUUGAUGAAAAGGCUUCUUUGAAAACCAGGUUCAUACUUCUUAGAAGCUUUUACGACUUACAAGUUCGAAUUAAAUCCAGGAAGAUUGAUUAA